AUGACAAUUGAGUUUGAAGCUUUGGUAUCUUCACUUUGGUACUUUAACUUUUCUUCUACCUGCUUUCAGAUUGAGAUCGACCGAAUAAUGGCACACACGUACUCCUCGUUGUCGAAGAGCGUGCAAGAAAAUCAAAUUUGCCCACGGCACAAACGAUGCGCCAGUUGGGAGGAAACAACUAAAUUACAGGAAUUGCAAGCGAUACGCUCGAUGUUCGAUUCGCCGCGGUCCGAAUUCGAAGCGUCCACGUUGCACGCAGAACCGAAAAUAGAAAAAUCGUUGUCUACGUUGGACAACUUGCUCGAAUCCCCGCCACGAGGAAAUCUUCAUAAGACACCUGAGUCUUUUAAGGGAAGACCCCAGGUAGUGUCGGAUUUUUAUCGAUUAAAACCUUCACGAUGGCCGUGUCCUCCGCACGUUGGAAGAGCUUCGGGACCUUUUUAUACACACAGAGCUCUCCCAUGCUGUUGUCCUAAAGGACAAUUGUCUUUCUUUAUAGGCCUGGCACUAAAAAGGGUUGAUCAAUGGAAAAGGGAUGUUAAAAGGAACACGUGUUUUUCUCACGUUGCUCAGAAAUACGAGUUGUAUCGGUUGGAGAGCGGCCCGUCGGAGAAGGUGACAAUGAACGAAGAAGAGGCGAUUUACGCGCUGAGAACGAUGUUCUACAUCAGGCGAAUGGAAAACAAGGCGGCGGAAUUAUAUAGAUUGCGCUUGAUCAACGGUUUCCUUCAUUUGUAUGCUGGUCAGGUCGGAAUUUACGAUCAUACGGAAGCAAUAGCCGUUGGUAUGAAGAUGUCGAUAUCGGAAAAGGACAGUAUAAUCACGGCUUACCGAUGUCAUGCUUUUGCUGUGGUAUUCGGUGUACCGGCACGACGGGUUUUCGCGGAGCUGAUGGGUCGCAAAACUGGAGUCUCGAAGGGGAAAGGCGGCUCCAUGCACAUGUACGCGAAUCAAUUUUACGGAGGCGACGGGAUCGUUGGCGGUCAGGUACCGAUCGGCGCUGGACUGGGGUUCGCUCAGAAGUACAAAGGCACGGGCGGAGUAGCUUGGACGUUUUACGGGGAUGGCGCUGCGUCUCAAGGCCAGGUCCACGAGGCGUACAACAUGUCGAAAUUGUGGAACCUGCCGGUGGUGUACAUUUGCGAGAAUAACAAAUACGCGAUGGGGACGUCGGUGGAUAGGCACUCGGCCAACACCAAUCUUUACACUCGGGGAGAUCUGAUUCCAGGAGUGAGGGUGAGGGAGAGUGAGAAACAGAGAAGAAGAUUGGUAGAUGGCAUGAGAGUGAUGGACGUUCGCGAAGCCAUGAAAUUCGCGAGGGACUACGCUCUACGAAACGGGCCGAUUCUCCUCGAGAUGAUCACCUAUCGAUACUUCGGGCACAGCAUGAGCGAUCCUGGCGUCUCGUAUCGCACGCGAGAGGAAGUGAAAACGAUACAAACCAAGCGAGAUCCUAUAGAGUUGCUGAUCAAGCUGCUCGUGGAGAACGGCGUGAAGACCGAAGCGGAAAUUCUUGAGAUGAGGCAGAGUACGUACAAAGUAGUGGACGAGGAAAUGAAACAAGCGAAAGCCGAUUCGUAUCCGGAGAUGUCGGAGAUCGCAACGGACGUUUACAUGAAACCGUUGGAUAAAGUACGCGGCAAAGCACCUUGGGAAAUUUAUUGA